CUUUUAUAUGGGACAAUGGUUUAUGUUCAUCAAACAAUUGUCUCUGAUGCUUCUAAGGCUUUAUCUCGAGCUGUGUGCAUUGCUGUGAGAUAUAGUUGUGUUUGUAGGCAAUUUGGAUCACAAGAUGGUUCUUCUGAGACUCAGGUCAUUGAUUACAAAACUCAGCAAAGCAGACUCUUUCCGCUGCUGGCUUCAGCAUAUGCUUUUAGGUUUGUUGGUCAAUGGUUGAAGUGGCUAUAUAAUGAUGUGACAGAGAGACUACGAGCCAAUGAUUUUUCAACAUUGCGUGAGGCUCAUGCAUGCACUGCUGGUUUGAAAUCUUUGACAACGUCGGUAUUCUAUUUUAUUUGA